GUUUGUUGAAAGAGGUUAUAAAUAAUGGUUGAAGUGUACUUGAAUUUUUAGUUUAUUUACAAUGUAUGUAGACGAUAUAAAAACAGACUUUUAUGAAUAUGUGUCAGAUAAGAGGAUAUUUCUUAUGGUACAUUAUGACAUAGACAGCAUAUGCGCAUGCAAAAUUCUUCAAUCUCUACUAAAAUAUAAGCACAUUUUAUAUUCCCUGGCUGUAAUCAAAGGCAUAGAAGACCUUAAAACUGCAUUCGAGGAAAAUUGUAGUGACGUGAAAGAUUUCGUUUUACUAAAUUGUGGUGGUACUAUAGACAUUGUUGAAGAAUUAGACCCCGAAGAAGAUAUAACGUUUUUCAUUUUGGACAGUCACAGGCCCACAGAUUUGUGUAAUAUUUACAGUAAUGGACAAGUACGCUUAUUAUCCACCCCCGAUGAGGACGCAGGAGUACCAGAAUUCCACGAUGUCUUCAGGGAAGAGUCUGAUGAUGAAGAUGAUGAAGAAGUAGAAGACAAUGAUGAUGAAUCGAGAGCUGCUAAACGAAGACGACUGGGCGAAGAAGAACUAAUGAAAAGGAGAGAUAAAAGAUUAUGGGAAGACAACAGGGAUAAGUUAAUGUUUCAAUAUUUGCAAUUCACUUAUUAUGCUAGAGCAAGUGCUAUAAGGAUCUUUGAGUUAGCUUGGAAACUGAAUAGAGACGACAAAGACCUGCUUUGGCUGGCCAUAGUAGCAUUAACGGAACAAUUGAUAUUAGGAAAAAUAGAAAACGCCCAGUACACCUUGGAAAUUAUUCCUUUGCAGAGUCACGCAGAACGUUUACAAAACAAAUCCAACGACUCUGAUGUCAAAACAUCACUGAAAAUUAAGUUUGAAAACGAUUUGAGGCUCACGCUUUACAGGCAUUGGUCGGUGGAAUCGAGUUUGAAGUACUCCAUGUUUACGGCCGUUAAAAUGAAACUUUGGUCACUGAAAGGGGAUAAAAAGUUGCAAGAACUGUUAGCCGAUAUGGGUUUUCCUUUGGUUCAAAGCCGACAAUCGUUUAAAAGUAUGGAUUUGCAGUUGAGAAAAGAAUUUCAUUCCACUUUAGAAAAGUUAUCAGAGAAAUAUGAUUUGCAGGAUAUUGUAUUUGCAUCGUUUGUACUCCAAUAUGGUUACAGGAAUUUGUAUUGUGCAUCGGAUAUUGUUUAUGCACUGUUAGCAAUACUCGAAUCAUCACCGAGAGAUAAGAAGCCCGAGGAACUGUUCAAUUUAGCGAUGGAUUGUCUCGCGAGAAAGAAAAGGGACAUUUUAAAUAUCGCCAUCGAAAAAGCCAAAGAUAUAUCAAAAGCUCUCUUCAAAACAGUACAAAGCGCUUUAGACAUGAAGCAAAUCAUUACCGCAGGACCUUUCAUUUAUUUUAUUGUUCAAGAAGGUUGCCUUAACUGGUACAUGUUUUCCCACAAGCACAUCUUGCUCCUUUUGGCCCAUUUUCUUCUAAGGGCUUACGUGAUGAUGUCUCGAAACAGAAAAGCAGCCACUCUACCUCUUAUCGUUUCGGCACCGAAAAAUUUGGAUACUGGCACCUGUGUACUUAUAGGGAUCCCUCCAUUGUGCGAGAACUCUCCAAAAAAUUUUUUUGGAAAAGCUUUUGAAAAGGCGGCUAAAAGAAUUAACAGCGAUGCAUCUUGUGAUUAUUUUGACACAUCAUAUUUUGAAAUCCAUACGAAAGAUAGGACAAGAUUUUUCGAUGCCCUUACUGUUCUUUUAAGUUUAAAUUGAUGAUUAGGCCUUUUUCUAAUAUUAAGGAUAGAUUUUUAAACGAAUACCACUGUACAUAAUAUUUAUUAGAUUUGUACAUAUUUUUAUACUGAUAAUUAAGGUUCAAAAAAGGUUUUCAAAUUAAAAACCCCUGAAAAAUUAUUGAAGA